AUGCCAAAAAAAUCUGCCGCCAAACCUCAUAUACCCGCGAGACACAUGAGUGUUAAGGAUCAAUUGCCAGAGCCCCACCAAACGCCAGAGCUCGUCUUUUUCACCAACUAUUUACGCAACAUGUUGAUUUAUGUCGUACUGGGAAUCGUAUCGGGUGCUCUAGAUUGGAACCCGAACGUUGUCUCUAUCCUCAAUGUCUUCGCCACCACGCUGCUAGCAUAUCUGUGGAGCUUCACGACGGGAGAGCUCGCUGUUGCUUUAGGCCACACGUUGAGUUGGUUGUGGAAAGCCAGUUUUGUCAAUUUCACGGAGGCUAUCUUCAGUUUUCUCUUCGUUCUCAAGAACAAUGGGAUUCGAACCGGAGUGGUUUCAUCGGAGUCUGGCAGCAGUCGACUUGCCAUCCACGUACGCGUUCGAGACCGUGGAACCUUCUGGCACCCAGGGGCAUGGCCUAUCACGCAAGAGCAGCUUGUUAAUAAGAUCAAAGGCAUCCACAAGGGCCUCAUGCUGGUUCCCAAAAAACGCACUAACCUAGUUCAACAGCACGUUAUGAUAAUGAUCAAACUCUCCAUUGAACAGUGGCAGCAAUUUGGAGCAAUCUAUAGGACCUUUCUUGACCGGCACCAUGACAUCUUCUUUGCACCUCAACAUGCAUUAUGCUCCUCCUUGAGACAAAAACUGGCCAUCAAACACGUGAUGCAUGUCGGUAUGUGGCCUGAUGGUGUUCACUCGUUCUUGUUGAUGGAAAGUUUCAGAGAGACCUGGACUGAGCUUUUAGAAGGUCUGGCUCGCUGUCGAAUGGCCAGCGAGGACAAAGAUCUCCGUGACUCUGAGACCUGGCUAGGAGUCGCUAAGAUGUGGUACAAUAACGCCGCUGAUAAGCUUCCACAUGUGGAAAGGAUUCUUUACCGCUUCGCUAUGCUGACGAGGCCCGAAACCAUUCAACAGCUCUUACGCACCUUGGCGUGUGUAAGCGUUGCACUAUUCCAGAGCGCCCGCGAGAUUGCUAUGCUCUUAUUCAACCUACUUCGUGAAGUAAAAGAGAACACCAGCCAGAGGUAUCCGCUAAUAGUAUCCACUUACGUCAAGAGCCACACUGGACUCGGUGAAUUUGUGGUGGCACUUCUGGAAAAUGCUGUUGGCAUUCUUUUCAUUGUGCCCAGUACUCUUCGACACAUCGAAGCUUAUGUGCCCUGGGCCAGGCUUAUGUGUCUUCUGAACACGCUAGGAAACCCCGGAAGGGCCAAGCGGCAGGCUGCGUUAUUUCCUCCGACGGAGAGGGGUACCAUACGUCAGGUUCCCAAGCAUUUCGUAAUGCGAGGUCUGAUCUAUUCUCCCUCUCACUACUCAGUUGUACAGCCCGGCCAAUCGUUGGUGAAUGUGCACGGGACCUCCUGCGAGCCUGCCAUUACAAGAUGUCAAGAAAACGAGUCCAGCGUACCGAUCAAGAAUAGCACCGCGCACGCUGAACACGGAGGAUCGAAACAAGGUGGUUUUACCGAGCCGGCUACUAUUUCGAGGAGAAGCUGUAACAGAACACUCACGCUGGGCAAGGUCUUGCGCGCCUUUUCGCAGCUCGCACCGACCUAUCUCAUCCUGUGUCAGAUUCCUAUAGUACUUGCCCAACAAGAUCAUGAUAUCUCAUAUAUACCGACCCACCUGGGCUGGAUAGCCACACUCUUUCUGGCGAGUGCAGCCGGUAUCAUCGCCCAGAAGACUAAGGAUAAGCCAUCACAUACUUUGGGGUGGUCAUCAUGGAUGUUCUGUGUCAUAGCGUUUGUUUGGGACCAGUUGGACUCAGCAACGCGAUUCAUUGCUGUUGCUAUAGGACUGUCUCCUCUGCUUGCCGUUGGAAUGUCCCAGACUUGGAAGAGAUGGCGUGAGAACGACUCCUACGAACAAGGCAAACACACGUAUUCAAAUACGGGAAGCGUUAACCACAUUUUGGAGGCGGGCGACAAUCCUACACAAUACGUUGACGGGUACGAUGGGUAUUUCUGGACAGAUAAAUCCUGUCCCGGAGCCGAACUCAUCGGAGAUCCAAAGAAUUCAGUCGAGGAAUCGUCUCCGCCUGACUAUUACGAGGACCGAGAUAGCAGUCCCGAGCCUUGGAAUGGGACAGAAGGAUUCCAGUUAUAG